AUGGAAUCAUACUAUAAACUUGGUGACUCUGGCCUAGCGGUUCCCAUGGAACUUCACAGAGUUAAUCGCUUAAGGCUUUGCAAUCGUCUUCAAUCCCUUUGGUCAUCCGGCAAAGCCCCAACUAAAACUCUAAAGGGGGUCUACAUUUUACUCGAGGGCGGUUCGUUGUACUACCAUGGUGAAUCUGAUGUGGAAUAUGUGUUUCGUCAGGAAUCAUAUUUUCACUGGGCAUUCGGAGGACAAGAACCAUUUUGGAAGGGAGCAAUCGAAGUCGCUACCCAACACUCCAUCUUGUUUGUUCCAAAAGUGUCUGAGGAAGAAGAAGUUUUUGCGGGAGAAAUCCCAUCGCCUGCUGAUAUUGCUGCAAGAUAUGGUGUGGAUGAAGUUCAUUACACCAACGAAAUAAAGGAGUUUUUCAAUGAAAAGAAUCCAACACUGCUGCUAACAUUGCUCGGACUCAAUUCGGACAGUGGUAAAUUCACUUUACCGGCGUUGUUUGAUGGGAUUGAAAAAUUUAAUGUUGACUCCACUGUCCUUCAUCAUGAGAUCUCCGAAUGUCGUCUCAUCAAGACACCACUGGAGCUGGCAGUGAUGCGCUACGCAAUAGCCGUAACUUCGGCAGCGCAUCGUCAUCUCAUGCGGAAAGUGAAGCCUGGAAUGUUUCAAUUCCAGAUGGAAAGUCUAUUUCAGCAUUACUGUUAUGCCAACGGUGGUUGCCGCCACAUUUCCUUCCCGUGUAUUGCUGCCACAGGUCGUGACACGUACAUCAUAAACUACGGUUACCCGACUACACCAAAUGACAGCCGAAUCAAUGAAGGUGACAUGUGUCUCUUUGACAUGGGUGCCGAGUAUUACUGCUAUUGUGCUGACAUAACCUGUUCAUUCCCUGUCAACGGGAAAUUCACAUCCGAUCAACGCUUCAUCUAUGAGGCUGUUUUGGCCUCCAAUCGGGCAGUAAUAGGCCAACUUCGACCUGGGGUGAGUUGGGUGGACAUGCACAAUCUGGCCGCGCGGACUCUCUUGGAACAUCUGAAAGCGGGGGGGUUGUUGCGAGGACAUAUCGAGGACAUGAUGAGCGUCCACCUCGCUGCUAUAUUCUCACCGUGUGGACUAGGCCAUCUGCUGGGUUGUGACGCUCACGACGUCGGAGGGUACAACAAGGGCACCCCUUCGAGGCCGAUAGAACCGGGUCUAAACGGCCUGAGAACUGCGCGUUACCUUAUGCCCAACAUGGUUCUGACUGUCGAACCCGGAUGUUACUUCAUAAAGAAGCUACUUGACGAAGCAAAGGCUUCGCCAAAACUUAGUCAGUUCCUGGUCCUCGAAGAGCUCGAAAGAUUCAAUAACUUCGGUGGCGUAAGGGUUGAAGAUGAUGUUCUAAUAACAGAAGAUGGAUGCGAGAUCCUCUCGGACGUUCCACGUACGGUGGAAGAAAUAGAAGACUGGAUGUCCCGCGAGACGACUGAAUACGACUCUUUGAUUUAA